UAAGCCCGGGCCGCCGGUGGUGGUCAUGUCAGUUGUGGAUCCGCGGCGUUUCCACAGAGCCUAUUCAAGAGAGCGCAGUACUUACUCGAAGCGUUACCAGCAAUGAAAGCCUUUGUGUGUCUCCUGCUCAUCGGAGCGGCCAGCGUGACGGCCAAGCCGAAGCCUGGCGGCAGCAGCGGUGGAGGAGGCUGGUCCUCGAGCGGCGGAGGUGGAGGAGGCGGUGGCUGGUCUUCGAGCGGCGGCGGCGGCGGCGGCGGCGGCGGUGGUGGUGAUAUCCAGAUAAUUAAAGUAAUCACUGAGAGCGGUGGAGGAGGCGGCGGUGGAGGCUGGCAAUCUAGCGGUGGCGGCGGAGGCGGUGGAGGUUGGUCAUCUGGUGGAGGAGGCGGCGGCGGUGGUGGCUGGUCUUCUGGUGGAGGAGGCGGCGGCAGCGGCUGCGGCGGUGGCGACGUCAAGCUCAUCAAGAUCAUUAGCCUAGGUGGAGGCGGCGGUGGCGGCGGCGGUGGACACGGAGGUGGUGGAGGCGGAGGCUGGCAGUCAAGUGGUGGCGGCGGUGGAGGCUGGUCAUCUGGCGGAGGAGGCGGUGGCGGUGGCGGCGGCGGCGGUGCCACAAAGGUUAUCAAGAUCAUCAAGCUAAGCAGCGGUGGAGGCGGCGGAGGUGGCCAUGGUGGCGGUGGCGGCGGAGGUGGAGGCUGGUCCUCUGGCGGUGGAGGCGGCGGUGGUGGCUGGCAACCAGCCGGAGGCUGGGCCUAGGACUGAAUCCUCAACGGAAUCCGCCGAGCAGCAGACGAAGUCGGAGCGGUGCCAGCAGUCUGUAAAUAC